AAGGGGGCUUAGUCCAAUGUAAAACUAUCUUCGCUCUUGUUUACAUGAGGAGGAGGAAGAGGAGGCUUCGCUAGUGUUAGCUAACUUCAACGCGACGUAUUUUUUUCUCCAUUUUACUAACAAUACGGAUCUUCAGCCAUGGGCAAGUCGUUUGCCAAUUUUAUGUGCAAGAAGGACUUUCAUCCUGCGUCGAAGUCAAACAUCAAAAAGGUAUGGAUAGCAGAGCAGAAACUGACCUUCGAGAAGAAGAAGCAGGAAGACCUAAUGCAGGCUUAUCUGAAGGAGCAGGACACUUACAACAACAGGCUGUUGAUGGGAGAUGACCGUGUUAAAAAUGGCCUCAAUUUCAUGUACGAGGCUCCACCUGGAGCAUCCAAAGAGGAAACAAAAGAGGACGGUGAAGAAGAGUAUAAAUUUGAGUGGCAGAAGGGGGCUCCUCGAGAGAAGUAUGCAAAGGAUGACAUGAAUAUCAGAGAUCAGCCAUUUGGAAUUCAGGUGCGCAACGUGAGAUGCAUCAAAUGUCACAAAUGGGGCCACGUGAACACGGACAGAGAGUGUCCCCUCUUUGGACUGUCGGGCAUCAACGCCAGCUCGAUGGCCUCAGAGGAAACAGCAGGUCCGUCGAUGCACCCCUCGGAGUUAAUGGCGGAGAUGCGAAACAGUGGGUUUGCCCUGAAAAAAUGUGUCCUUGAUAGGAAUUCUACAGUUUGUGAUCCAUCGCAGGAAUAUGUUGCCAGUGAGGAAGAGGAGGAUCCUGAGGUGGAGUUUCUCAAGUCACUGUCAACCAAACAAAAACAGAAACUACUCAGAAAACUCGAUCGGCUGGAGAAGAAGAAAUCGAAGAAAAAGAAGAACAAGAAACAGAAGAAGAAAAGCAAAAGUAAACACAAGAAGAAGCAUGAAAGCAGCGACAGCUCCAGUGAGUCCGAGUCCAGCAGCAGCAGCAGUGACAGUGACUCAGAGUCAGACAGUCGCAGCAAAAAGAAAAAGAAGAACAAGAGGAAAGAUUCCUGUCGGGAUAACAGCUCUGAGAACGAGCGACGAGUCAAGAGGCAGAAAAAGGCCUCUUCUCACAGGAGCAGGUCACCGAGUCCUCGCGCCGGACACAGGCAGCAUAGAGAGGAGUCUGGAGAUUACAGACGAGCGAGGACGCUCGAGAGGGGAAGGAGUGGGAGUCGGAAUCGCAGCCCCGAGUACAGGAUGAAGCCGGAGGGAGGUCAAGAGAGGAAGAGGGCCAGCAGCAGGGACAGGCAGAGACCUAGCGGCUCCAGGUCUGGCUUGGACAGGAGCCGAAGCCGCGAGAGAGGCAGGGAGGACAGAGGUAAAGACGGACAUCACAGCAGAGAUGGUGAGAGGAGCAGAAGUAGCGCAGAAGGGAGGAGAGGCAGAACAGCAGAUGGGAGGAGCAGAAGCAGAGAGAGGAGAAAAGAACGGGAGGGAAGGGGAAGAAGUAGGAGUAAGAGCAGGGAGAGAAGAGAGAGGAGCCAAGAAACCAGUAAAAGAAAGAACUAACCCGUACCCCCCUCCUUUUCGUAACACUGAGCAAAAUAUAAAAGUGUUGUGCAUGUUUCCUUCAGUGACUGUUUAGUGUCUUUAGAAAUCCUGUUGAGUCCCCUUAUUUAAAGAUGUAAAUAUGCGCGGAUCUCCUUUUCCUCCAGUAGAGGGAAGCAGUCGACAGAGAAUAUGGAAAUGCAGCUCAGUGGUUUCUGGAGCUGCUCUGUGCUGAAUGAAUGGUUCUAAAUUAAUUGAUUACCAUUGGAAGCAAUUUGCAGCUCAUCCGCUGAUGGGAAAAUGUUGGACUCGUUUUCACAGUCAGAUGCCCACAAGAAGGACAAGUUCUGAUGCUGCUUUUUCAUUUUUAUUUUUUAAGUUUUUGCAGUUCAAUUAUUAUUUUUUAUUUUAUUAUUUUUCAAAGAAGAAACAAAAGAAGUAUCCAGCUUACUUUCUUGAUUUGGUAUUUUUGAAAAAAAAAUUGUAAGAUUAGAUGCGUUGCUAAAACUGAUCCUUAAAAAAUGUAGAGCUUUUAAAUUAAAAUUUGCAGCUUCCCAAUUAUUAUUUUUUUUUAUUGAUUUGUUUUCAUUUUUGCAUUUUAGAAAUGAAUGUGAGCAUCUUAAGACAUAAAUUUAUUCCCAUUUUUUUCUUAAAGGUGUGAUGGUGGUCACCUCCUAUUUUUAUUUUAUUUUUCAAAUUGUAAAUCAUUGUCCAUAUAUUUUUUUUCCAAGUCGAUUCCCGUCAAUAAAAUAAUGUGCGUCCCCUCUAAAUUUGUGAAAGA